AGAGCUGUUUUCGCCAUUUUGGUGCAAGUUCAGUUCAGUGUGGUGACGAUCGGCUUGAAUCCAAGCCAUCUCUGUAUGUGGGUGACUAAGAGGAUUAUAUAUUAGUGUAAAAAUGAGUACUAACGCCAACAACACCAGCAAGGUGUCUACGACGGAUAGGGUCAUCAAAAGCGAUGCACCGAACGGUCGUCCCAUCAAAAGUGUGCCGUUCCCACCGUCUCACAAGUUAACCUGUACAGAGGUGUUCGACCCUAAGACAGGCAAGCCCAAGUUCGAAUGGCUAAAGAAUCACUUCAUUCUGGAGGGUCGCAUCGACGAGGCUGCGGCCCUCCGCAUCAUCAACGAGGGAGCCGCCCUCCUUCGUCAGGAGAAGACCAUGAUCGAUAUCGAGGCGCCUGUCACUGUAUGCGGCGACAUCCAUGGGCAGUUCUAUGAUCUCAUGAAGCUAUUUGAGGUCGGGGGUCCGCCCAACUGUACGAAAUAUCUCUUCUUAGGCGACUAUGUAGACAGAGGCUACUUUAGUAUAGAGUGUGUUCUGUAUCUAUGGGCGCUAAAGAUAUGCUACCCCAACACGUUAUUUCUAUUAAGAGGAAACCAUGAGUGUAGGCAUUUAACAGAAUACUUCACAUUUAAACAAGAAUGUAAGAUCAAAUACAGUGAACGAGUGUACGACGCGUGCAUGGAGGCCUUCGACUGCCUUCCACUAGCCGCACUUAUGAACCACCAGUUCCUGUGUGUCCACGGCGGUCUCUCACCCGAGUUACACACACUAGACGACAUCAGGAAGCUGGACCGGUUCAAAGAGCCACCUGCAUUUGGUCCCAUGUGUGACAUACUUUGGUCUGAUCCAUUGGAGGAUUUUGGUAAUGAGAAAAAUGCCGAACACUUCUCCCACAACUCUGUUAGAGGUUGUUCAUACUUUUACAGCUAUGCAGCUUGCUGUGACUUCUUACAACACAAUAAUCUUCUGUCCAUAAUUAGAGCCCAUGAAGCGCAAGAUGCAGGUAUCGAUGUCGCUGCUGUGUUGAAAUACGAGAACAACGUAAUGAAUAUUCGUCAGUUCAACUGUUCACCUCAUCCUUACUGGCUACCAAACUUCAUGGAUGUCUUCACAUGGUCACUUCCAUUUGUAGGAGAGAAGGUAACGGAGAUGUUAGUAAAUGUACUCAACAUCUGCUCAGAUGAUGAGCUAAUGGAUGGAGAGGAGUCCCUUGAUGAAGCAACAACAGUGCUAAUUGUGCCGGAAAAAGGAGCCAUGCGGAAGGAGGUUAUCCGAAACAAGAUUCGUGCCAUUGGCAAAAUGGCCCGUGUGUUCUCAGUUUUAAGAGAGGAGAGUGAGAGUGUAUUGCAGCUCAAGGGUCUGACCCCUACUGGUGCUCUGCCACUUGGAGCCUUGUCAGGCGGAAAAGCCUCAUUGAAAAAUGCAAUGGCUGGCUUCUCUCCAAACCACAAGAUUACAUCCUUUGCCGAGGCUAAGGGUCUGGACGCAAUGAAUGAGCGUAUGCCACCAAGGAAGGAUGCCCCCGCUAUCACUCAGCCUGUCUCCUCUCCUGCCUCGGUAGAUGAUGCUGACAAGUCCAACUCAUCCAACACAGCACCCAACACUCACUUGUGAAACCCACAGCCUCAGGUUGGCUUGGUGUGUGAAUGUAGGUGAUGAAUGUAAACAUCAUGCUGAUCUCAAGUGUCCGGUGACUGAGCAGGGUGAGGCUGUCUGGCCAGUUACUGGUUGUGAUGCAAGUGUUGCCUCAGCCCCUGGUGGGCCACACUGGCCAGCCAACCCCACGGGACAUCCUGCCCAGCCGUUGCUGCUGUCGGCCAGGACUGGGUUAGGCCAGGUCGCGGGCCAAGUGAUCUUUGGGGGGAAGAAGGCCCAUCAGUGCUGCCACCACAGAGGGUGCAAUGAAGAGUGGCAGAUGCGGCCUGGCCGGCCCCAGGUCACCAGCACCAAGCUGCUGCUGCUGCUAGAGACUUAUGACUCGGUCACCUAACCCCUUCCAGUGUCCUUUCCAGUACACUGUCAGACUACCACCCUCUGUGUUGCCUACACUGUUGGAUUUCAGUUACACCCUCCUUACCCAUUGUGUUGGUGAUUACACGAGACAGGACCAUGAGUGUUUCCAUGGAGCUGCCAUGGCUGACAUUGGUGAGCCUCUGCUAGGCCCCAGCUUUAAUGGAUAGCCAGUGGACAGGUGUUAGCACAGUGGUGUGAUAUGUGACUGUGUGAACCCUCCAGCAAGGCCAUAAUGACCAGGAGUCACCAGCUGCAGUGUCUGUCCAGGUUGUGUCACAUACUAACAAUGUCUACAUGAAACAUUACUCACAUUAUCUAAGUGAACCUGUUCAUACAUUGACAAAAUCAUGUAAAUAGUUUUUCUUUAUUAUUGUGUAUAGCAUGCUUGAAUAUUUACAGACUGUCGUACAGCCUCUCUAAAACCCCCUCUGUAGCAAGACAGCAGCCUGUGUAUUGGUCCAAUGGACUGUUGGCAAGCUUUUUCUGAAUAUCUGCCAUCAAUGUGACAUUUAAGGAUGCAAUACAUUUUGGCCUGUGUGCAAUAUAUCCUCAUUCUCAUCUAGAAUCCCAAAUUCUCUUAGGUUAGAAUGGUAGCUUGUCAUCUCUUGAUCAUUGUUCUGUGGCUCCUAAAAAUGUAAUUUCUAUAAGUUUAAUACCAUGUAGUGUUAAGCCAUAUUCUACAGAGGGAGUGGUGUACAUGCCUCAGAGAUGCAACCCGUUUCCAGGACUAUUAAUCCUCGUGUAAUUCAGUCCCUCUGACAGUACCAUUACAUGUUAAAGAUGAUCCUAUUGCUAAUGGACAUUUUCUUCUUGAUGGUAAUUUUCAUACAUGCAACUGUUUUGUCAUGUGAGACUGUAGGAUUCAUAUUUAUCAAUUCUGCCAUAUUAAGUGUUAUAUAAAAGAUAACUACUAAUAAUAAGUAAUGUUUAAAACAAAUUUUAUGCCUUUUUCCAAACCAAAGUGUCCUAGUCAUAUUUCUCGCGUGGAAACAAGGCAUCGGGGCCCAGCACGUAGCAUGUUGGGUCUGUCAGAGCCCCAUCCCCCUUCCCUCCCUCCCCCUCCCCAAGAAAAUUGUGGGCCUUGCUCGCUCUGCGCUAGGAUCCAUCAACCAUUACUUCUCAAUUUCCACGUGUUUUAAAUGUUUAACACAAAACCAUGAAUAAAAUACGGUUUACCAUCCUGUAAUUGCUCUCGCUCAUUUUUCACUUUGAAACUUCGCUGGUUGGUGUAAAUUUUAAACAUGCAAGUAGCCCUAAACUUUUUUUUCUCUUAGCUCUUUAAUACCCAUGAGAAAUGUGAUUGUGCGUUGAAAGUGGUUAAAAUGCUAUGUUAAUAUUUAUGAAUAUAGACUGAAAAAAAAAACUGAAUUUUGAAAUACUUUGAUUGUGAGGUAGAUGUUGAUUGCUUCAAUCUGGUAUAAAUAUAUUAUUUUCUUGUGGAAUAGGAUCUAAGUUUUCUCUUGUUACCUUGUUCAAUUAAUAAAUCUAUUAGAAAGUGUCAAA